AUUUUGUUUUUCUUUUUUAAAAAAAAAAUAUUUAGUUUUCUUUUUUAAAAAAAAAAAAAAAUUAAAAUUUAUCCUUCUGUUUUUUAAAAUCAUUGUGAAAUUACGGUUUUAUCCAAAAAAAACGCCAUUUCCCUGAUGUAACAAAUACACCCCCUAUUUUCUUAUUUAAAACCACUACCCUCCAAAAAAAAUUAAAAUAAAAAGGGAAAAAUCUUUAGAGGUGAAAUUACUCUUAUACCCUUGAAAUAACGGACGGCGAGGAUGAAUCACACGAGUCGUAGCGUGGUAACAGCCACACGAAAGCGCAAAGAUAGAGGAGAAUUAGAUAAUUCAUCCUUUUACAAUCACAAGGGUAGUUUCGGAAGUUCACACAAACCGCUUUUAGUGGGUAAUAAUAAUAAUAAUAUUAACCACAACAGUACGACGUCGUCUUCACCAAGAAUGGCCGAACCGGGUUCGGGUCCGGGUUCAUCGAACCGGCUUUUGGCGGGUUACAUGGCCCAUGAGUUUCUAACCAAAGGGACCUUAUUCGGGCAGAAGUUUGACCCGGCCCGAGCCGAAGCUGUCCCUGUUUCAGCCGCUGAGCCCAAGAGAAAACCGGGUCAAACCGGGUUCGGGUCUGGAGUCAAGCCGAACCGAAGCUAUGCUGACGUGGCGCAACUGUUGAAGAGUGAUGGGACCCAUAUUCCUGGAAUUGUCAACCCUACGCAACUCGCUCGGUGGAUCCAGAUGUGACCCGAUUGAUUGACCCGGACACGUGGAGGGUUUGCAUUGGUCUGUCACGCUUUCUAAUGACACAGGCAGGUGAGGGAAAUUCAAAUUAACCCCCUUCUCCAUUUUGAUAAACUUCAACAACACUAGUUCAGUCAGAUCCCGGUCGCCGGAAGAUGAUGACGUCAUUUUCCGGCACUUUUUUUUUUUACCUCUUUCUCCUCUGUUGUUGUUAAUAUUUAUAAGAAACAGAGGCGUAGUUUUUUUUUAUUGUUUAAUUAAAUUAUAAGCUUGUUGUUGAAUCAAUGUUACAUUCAUCCAUUAUCUAUCUAUAUAAUGUACUAGUUAGUUUUUUUUUUU